AUGAUCAUACUACUCCUCAUCUGGCUUGUGCAAUGGAUCUGCCAUUACAUCAGUGUGUACCUGGAUAGGGACCUCAGCCACCAGAGGACUCGGACACUGCAGGGGACUGGGGUGCAGAGUGUCAGGUCCUGGGGAGCCAUGCUCUGGACUGCCUUGCAGCAUGGGCUGUUCUGGGCCAUUACUGGAACCCUGGUGCUGCUCUUGGCACUCUGCUGGUGGCUCAGGACAAGGAUCUGUGAGGUGGACAACAGCAGGGACUCAGAGAGUGAAGAAAGUGAGGAAGAAGAUCUUCCUGAGAUGAAUAUGAUCGGGAUCUUUUCCAGACGCUUCCAGCUGUCAGUGCCGAAGCUGUCCUCCAGGAGACAAGUGGUGCAGGAGCUGCUGACCGACCUUCUCCGAGUCUGCCAAAAUCUCUUCUCCGACAGCUUCUUCCCCGUGCUGCAACCAGUCAUCGGGGUGGGCAGUGCCUGUGAAGGAUGGAGUACCCAAAAGUCAGAGGAUGUUGUCUACUGCAUGUUUGUGCCCCUGAAGCCUCCCCGUGGGCACACCUUCCACCUGGAACCAGACCCCGCGCGGGAGACGCUGCCGCCGAGCAUGCGCGUCCGCGUGGAGCUGGCGUGCACGUGCGCCGGGGAGCAGCCUGACCAGCUGUGCUUCCUCCACCACUCUCAGGAGGAGCUGAAGAGAAACCAGGUGGCCAGCCUUCUACACACCCUCUGCACCGGCCCUUACCUGGAUGGGGAGAAAAUUGCCCUCUGGUUCCAGACAUUUGUGAUCUCAGCCUGGUCGGUGGUGCCUCAGUCCCGUCGCUACCGCAUGAAGGUGCUUCCCUCCUGCCGCUCCUGCAAGAUGAAGCUGAUGAAAGCCUCUGGGAGAAGCUUUUUUGUGGAGAUGGUAUUCAGUGUGCAGCAAGGUGACUCAGACAUCUUCCUUAGCAGCCAGCCUACAGAGGCCCAGUUCCCCCCAAGCACGACAUGGCUGGAGAGCUACGCUGUGGCAGAGGCAAAGUUCUUCAGGCAUGUCUCCAUGCAGGCCCCUCCCCACAGCUGCCACCUCAAAUGCCUGCGGCUCUGUGCUCGCCUUCUGGAGGGCUCAGGCCUUUCUAUCUAUGCCUUGAAAACCGCGGUCAUGCACCUCCUGACCUUGAUCCCCCUGUCAGAAUGGCAGCACAGGCGUCUCCUGAUGCGGGUGGAUGACAUCAUGAACUACCUGCGCUGCUGCCUAGAGGAGACGCGCCUCGAGCACUUCUUCUUUGGUAAUGAGGACAUGCCCGAGGAGAUCUCCUUACCCCUGGCCUUCCAAAGGGCACAGCCCCUGAACCUCUUCCAACACCUGGCACAGGAUCCAGCUGCCCAGACUGAGGCAUUGCAGGUGUUGGAUAAGCUGCAAUAUCACCUCUACUUUGAGUUCUGA